AUGGACCGGUUCGUGACUUCUCUGCCGCUAACACAGUUCACUGCCCGCCCGCCUCCUCUACUGGACGACGAUGAUUGUAUUGGUAUGGGUUUUGUGUUUGAUGCUAAUGGUAUUGAUGAGAAAUUGGAGAAUGGGGAGAGUGUCGAGAAGAGGACUGAGGUGAAUAGUGGAGAUGGUAGAGAGUUCAGUGAGCCUGAGCAUGUCAUUGGUAAGCAGGACGAGGAUGAAGAUGAGGAGCAGCUUAGCAAUGGAAUGUCAGAAUUUCAUGCCCUCCAACUGUUUGAUAAAAUGCCGAAGUUAGAUGGGUUUGAUGAUAUGGAAAAUGAUGUCAAGCAACCUGUUUUUGACUCUGCACUUGUUUCUGCAAGGAUGUAUAAUGAACGGCACGAGCCACAUAAAGAAUUUGCAGUUGAUUUAGAGCACAACCAAUAUCGACCCUUCCAAGGAUUGACUUGUUUGAUGCAAAUUUCUACAAGUACUGCAGAUUUUAUAGUAGAUACGUUGAAGCUUAGAAUUCAUAUUGGUCCAUAUCUUAGGGAAGUUUUCAAGGACCCUCCUAAGAGAAAAGUGAUGCAUGGAGCGGGUCGUGUGGUUUCAACCAAAGAAUACCAAAAUACUAAUGGAUCAUCUGUUGGGAACAGAUUCUUGAAUGAUAAUUUUGGUGAAGAAAAUGUUUCUAUUGAAGACAGCUUUGGGAAAAUGCAAAUGAAUUCUGAAAGGCUUUGUCAUUGUGAGACGAAAGAGAUUAUACUCUUUUGCAAGGAAGCAUUCGACAGAAUUGGUGAAAUGACUCAAACCUCAUUGUCUCAGGGAGGUAUUUCGGGGCGUGAUGUGCAUGUGCUUUUCAAGUUGGCUGACCUUUGCUACCACUCCACAAAGAGUAGUGAGGAACUUACAAGCUUGAAGGACUAUGUUACCAAAACGAGGGAGGGUCAGAAAGACAUUUUCUACAUCACUUAUGAGAGCACUAGUAGAGAUGCCAAGAUUCUAUUUGUUCAUAUGCAGGACAGGCCAAUUGAAACCACAUCUUCAAUCUUGCACUACUUGGCCCAAUCUUCUUUGGAUGAGAGUGAAACUCGUCCUAUUUGCCACCCAAGGUUUUUGUUGAUGAAGCUAUUGACUUUCUCAAAAGCAAUUCAACGUUAUCCUUCCUCAGAUGCACACUAUGUCCUUGGACUUGUGGUGGUUAUCUCUAUUAACGAACUGUCUUUGAAGUCUAAGAAACAAGGCCUCGAACCUAGUCAAAUUCUAAUUCUCACUUGA